UCUGGACAGGAAGGAUUCCUCCAUGCUCGCAGAGGCUGCUGGCGAGCAAGCCCAGGGAGGCCUGGCAGAAGACUUUUGCUGCGAGCGCACCCUGUUCCGAGACCGGUAUAGGGCGGGGCCAAGCAUGGGGUCCGCCUAGGCGAUGGGCGCAGCCAACUAGCGCGCCCGGAGGGCGGGCCGGAUCGGGCUGAGAGGCGCCGGCUGUCACAGGCGCCCAAUGCGCGCUGCAGGUGGCAAGUUGGAGGUGCUGCCGCCACCUCUGCUGGAGAAGCCUGGGUCUGGCGGCCCCUUGCAGCCUCCGGGAGCCCUUUCCCGCCGCUGAGUCCGAGCCCAGACCCGGAAAAAGCCAAAGGGAACAGCCGCUGUGCAGGGACUAGGAAGCAGCGCUCCAUCCCUGCGCCCUUGCUCUACUUUGUUUUUUCCGUGGAAGGUUGUGCCUGGGGGCUGGGAACGGGAUCGGAAAGAAGACGGAGAGGAAGGCUUCUGCUAUCCAGAACAAUCAACCAUGACGACCGAAUCGGGAUCAGACUCAGAAUCCAAGCAAGACCAGGAGGCUGAGCCCCAGGAGGCAGCAGGGCCUCAGGGACAACCAGGGGCACAGCCAGGAACAGAGCCUGCCGGUGGAAGCGGAAGCGGAAGCGGUGAGGAGCCUCCAGCCCUAGAGCAGUUCCCUGAGGCUGCUGCACACAGCACCCCGGUGAAGAGGGAGGUCAGCGACAAGGACCGGGACUUCGCCAUCGCGGCUGCGAAACAACUUGAGUAUCAGCAGCUUGAAGACGAUAAGCUCUCUCAGAAAUCGUCCAGCAGCAAACUCUCACGGUCCCCACUGAAGAUCGUGAAAAGACCCAAAAGCAUGCAGUGCAAAGUGACGCUUCUGGAUGGAUCGGACUACGGCUGCGAUGUGGACAAGCGCUCCCGAGGACAAGUGCUGUUUGACAAAGUGUGCGAGCAUCUGAACCUGCUGGAAAAGGAUUAUUUUGGUCUCACGUAUCGAGACACCGAGAAUCAGAAGAACUGGCUGGACCCUGCUAAGGAAAUUAAAAAACAGGUUCGAAGUGGUGCUUGGCAUUUUUCAUUUAAUGUGAAAUUUUACCCACCAGACCCCGCCCAGCUAUCAGAAGACAUCACCAGGUACUACCUCUGCUUGCAGCUACGCGAUGACAUUGUGUCUGGGAGGCUUCCCUGUUCCUUUGUGACCCUUGCCCUGCUGGGCUCCUACACUGUGCAGUCAGAGCUCGGCGACUACGACCCCGAUGAGUGUGGCAGUGACUACAUCAGCGAGUUCCGCUUCGCACCCAACCACACAAAAGAGCUGGAGGAUAAAGUGGUCGAACUGCACAAGAGCCACAGAGGAAUGACGCCAGCGGAAGCAGAGAUGCACUUCUUGGAAAAUGCCAAAAAACUCUCCAUGUAUGGGGUAGAUUUACAUCAUGCCAAGGAUUCAGAAGGAGUAGAAAUUAUGUUAGGAGUCUGUGCAAGUGGUCUAUUGAUAUACCGUGACCGGCUUCGAAUAAACAGAUUUGCUUGGCCCAAGGUCCUGAAAAUUUCAUAUAAACGGAACAACUUUUACAUUAAAAUCCGGCCAGGAGAGUUUGAACAGUUUGAAAGCACCAUCGGGUUCAAAUUGCCAAACCACCGCGCUGCCAAGCGCCUCUGGAAAGUGUGUGUGGAGCACCAUACGUUUUUCAGACUAUUGCUGCCAGAAGCACCUCCAAAGAAAUUCCUGACCUUGGGCUCCAAGUUCCGUUACAGCGGGAGGACUCAGGCGCAAACGAGAAGAGCUAGCGCAUUGAUAGACCGCCCGGCGCCUUACUUCGAACGCUCAUCCAGCAAACGUUACACCAUGUCUCGCAGCUUGGAUGGAGCGUCAGUGAAUGAAAGCCAUGAAAUAUACAUGAAGGACUCUAUGUCUGCUGCAGAGGUUGGCACAGGCCAGUACGCCACGACCAAGGGCAUCUCUCAGACCAACUUGAUCACCAGUGUGACUCCAGAGAAGAAGGCCGAAGAGGAGCCCGUUGAGGAAGAGGACAGGAGGAAGAAGGCUGAGGAAGCCACCCCUGUCGCAGCCCUCCGGCAUGAGGGAAAGUCACCCAGGCAUGGCGCUGCUGCCUCCCGCCCCUUGCCACCCCCACCGGCCCCUCUUGACCCUGCACCCCCCACAGAGCUCCGCAGGAGGUGCAAGGAGAAUGAAAGCCCCUUUAUGGGUUCUGUGCCGCCUAAAGCUGAACCAGCCUCGGAGUCGGAGUCGGAUGGCCAGGGGAAGGCUUGCCUAGGGGACCAGGACGUGGCCUUCAGUUGCAGGCAGCAGACUGGCAAAGGAGCCACGCUGUUUUCCUUCUCCUUGCAGCUCCCCGAGUCAUUCCCCUCGCUCCUGGAUGAGGACGGGUACCUCUCCUUCCCCAACCUGUCUGAAACCAACCUCCUACCCCAGAGCUGGCAGCGGUUCCUGCCCAUCCGCUCACCCUCCCUGCUGCCCUGCUUCCUCUUCCUCUUCUUCUUCCUGCUGUCUGCCUCCUUCUCCGUGCCAUACGCCCUCACUCUCUCCUUCCCUCUGGCUCUGUGCCUCUGCUACCUGGAGCCCAAGGCGGCCUCCUUGAGCGCCUCCCUAGACAAUGACCCGAGUGACAGUUCAGAGGAAGAGACUGACAGCGAACGGACAGACACCGCAGCUGAUGGGGAAACCAGUGCCACUGAGUCGGACCAGGAGGAAGACGCAGAGCUCAAGGCACAGAAUAGUCUGGUUAAGCGCAUAAAGGGUGAAAAUGUGUAUGUCAGACAUAGUAACCUUAUGUUAGAGGAGCUAGAUAAAACUCAGGACGAACUGAUGAAACACCAGACCAACAUCAGCGAGCUGAAAAGAACCUUCUUGGAAACCUCUACGGAAACCGCCUUAACAAACGAGUGGGAAAAGAGACUUUCCACGUCCCCCGUGCGACUGGCUGUCAGGCAGGAGGAUGCGCCCAUGAUUGAGCCCCUUGUGCCUGAGGAGACCAAACAGUCUUCUGGGGAGAAGCUCAUGGAUGGCUCGGAGAUCCUCAGUCUGUUAGAGUCUGCACGGAAACCCACAGAGUUCAUAGGAGGGGUUUCAUCUACUACUACUACUACCCAGAGCUGGGUGCAGAAACUGGAGACAAAGACGGAGUCCGUCGAAACUGAGGCUGCGGAAUCGACCCCGCCCUCCCAGCCCCUCAGCACUGAGAAGGUGAUACAGGAAACCGUGUUGGUGGAGGAGAGGCGCAUGAUGAAUGUUCAAGGCAGUGGAGAUGCUUCCCAGACAGCGGGGGACGACUCAGACACAGCAGCGGGGGCCACGCCCGCAGAUCCUCACCGUGCGAAAGGGAAGGAGGGCUCUUGUGUGACAGAAGCAGCUAAGGAGGAGAGGGGAGAGGAGGCCGACACACCUGUCCCCGAGCAGGAACAGCCAGCCACGGAGGAGGAGCAGCAGGUGGCAGCCACCCACCCUUCUGAGGCUUUGGAACAAAAAUCUCAUUUUGAGUCAUCUGUGAAGAUGGAGACCAUGAGUGUGGGCAGUGUUUCUCCAGGAGGGGUGAAGCUAGAGAUCUCUACCAAGGAAGUUCCCGUAGUUCACACAGAAACAAAAACCAUCACUUACGAGUCCUCACAGGUUGACCCUGGGGCGGACCUGGAGCCUGGUGUGCUAAUGAGCGCACAGACAAUCACAUCCGAAACCACGAGUACCACCACCACGACACACAUCACCAAAACUGUGAAAGGAGGUAUUUCAGAGACGAGAAUCGAGAAGCGAAUAGUCAUCACAGGGGAUGCUGACAUCGACCAUGACCAGGCGCUGGCUCAGGCAAUUAAAGAGGCCAAAGAGCAGCACCCCGACAUGUCAGUGACCAAAGUAGUGGUCCAUAAAGAGACAGAAAUCACCCCAGAAGAUGGAGAGGAUUGACCAGAGGAGUAACUCAGCUUGCACAGGAACCCUGUCACGUAAACCGUUAGGAAAACCGGAGCCUAUACGGCAUUCCCUCUUCUAACCCAACUGACUUGCAUCUGUCCGUGGAAAAUUCCAGAAGAACUGACCUUGACCGCUAAUGAAAGACACUGGCAGAGAGAUCCUCCCAUAAUAAAGCAAUCCAAAUCAGCACCACUGAACUGAUACUGCAUGAAGCGAUGAUAAAACAAAACAAAACAAAAAAUCACAAAAGAGCCGCACUUUUAAUUUUCACCAAAAUAUCUGUCUUCAACUCUACCUGCACGUUCAUAACCAACAGCAUAAGCCGUGAUCUCAUGUAACACAUCAACAACUCAUGCCUUUCAUAGUUUAUUAUUAAAGCCUCAACAAAACCGAAGUUCCAUAGGUGACAAAUUCUCCGUUUACAAAUAAAUGUUAAUUACCCUGCAAUGCUAUCAACCCGUCUAGGCCCGGUGUGUCAGAUUUACCCCAGAUUAGAUGUGCCAAUAACCAACUUUGUUCAGUAAAUGACUUGAAUCUUGUCCUUGUCUAAUCUGGUUUUAUUAUUCUCACCCAUAAAGCAGUAAUGACUCUCUGACCCUCUAGAAAUACUUAACAAUCUCGCUUUGUGUCUCAAAUUUGUUACAAGGUAGAACUGAUUUCUGGCACUUUGAAGUAAUUCCUACCUAGCCGUUCACUCUGGUCUGCGUUCAGUCCAGAAUGAUUCCCGGAAUUACCUAAGCAAACCUUCACUGUGUAAAUGAUCAUUGUUUGAGGAGGAAAACCUGUAUUUUUGUUAGUUUACAAUAUUAUGAAAAUUCACUCCAGGAAGACCUGUCGGAUGACUUUUGCUUUGUUGUUUUUCUUUCCUUGUGAUUUUUUUUCAUUGAUUUUUUUCUUCUUUUACUUGAACAAAGAAGGUGUUUUAUUUACAAAUCUGGUCCGUAUUUACAAUCUAGUUCAGAGCCAAGCCUUAAACUGUACAUAAUUUCCACUGUAAUUAAACUAUCUAGCGUUUAGUUAUAAAUAGCCUCCAGAAAGAGAUAUUCUCCAUUACGCUGUCAGCUGCAUCACAGCCCGCCGUGAAUGAUGUUAUCGCAUCACGAAAUAAAAAUGGCAAAUGCA